AUGAAUAUUGGAUCGAGUACUUCUAAGCCCAUAUCACGCGUUCAAAGAUAUGAUUUGACAAAUUUAUCGGCGAUGCAGUCUUCUAAUGAUGAAGACGAUGAUAGUUUUGAAGGGGAAUUAUCUAAAAAUGUUCUUAUAGCAAAAGAUGGAACUCAGUGGCAGCUUGAUCCACUUCGAAGUACACAAACUAGUCGUCGAAACAUUAUUCUUCAACAGGGCGGAGCUGCAUUUUCAGUAAACUUAAUUGGAAAGUUC